UACCCCCCCCAUUUGCUUCAACAAAGCAAACACGAAAUCUCCCUAUUUCUUAAUUCUCUUUGGAAAGAUUGUGACAGAACCGAACAGCCAGACCAAUUUUGUACACUUGCAAAUUAUCUCAAAGGAAAACAGAAUAGAAAAAUGGCUUCCACACGUAGAGUUUGGGUAGUGGCAGCAAGCAUUGGAGUAGUUGAGACCAUGAAAGACCAAGGGAUUUGCAGAUGGAACUUUGUUUUUAGGUCAAUCCAUCAACAUGCCAAGAACAAUAUCAGACCUUUCUCUCAGUUCAAGAAACUUUCUUCCCAGUCUUCAUCUGCUGUGUCUGUUGUGAGAGAUGAGAAACUAAAGCAAUCUGAAGAGUCUUUGAGAAAAGUUAUGUACUUGAGCUGUUGGGGAUCCUAAUUCAGGAUUCCCCAUGAUUGUAUAUGAUUUUCCAAUGAAAUCAUAGUUCUUUUUUUUUU